AUGGCUAUUGUUGAAUCCCGGCGUCGCCGGAAGAUUCCUCCUCCUUCAGCCACUACAGAAGCCGCCGGCGACAGCGAUUCCCAAGCAGUCCGCGGCAACCACUCGGAAUCAGAUGCUAUCAAAUGGAAAACAAAGGCCAAACAGAGAAAAGAAGAAAUUAUUAGGCUUAAGGAAGAUCUGAAGAUUGCUGAAGGCAAGUCUUCUUCUUGCUCGUACUUAUCUGUAUUUGCGUCUGUAAAUGGACUGCAUCAUGAUGUAUUUCCGCAGAGUGUAUCAUGUAAAUGCUAUUUCUUUGAUAAUUUGGGAAACCUGAGCCCUAAGCAUGAGUCUGAGCAAAAGAGAUUUGGGGAUGUGCUUCGUCGUAGGUUUCUCAGACAAGUUAGAUUCAGUGAGAGAAAGAGAAGUAGGCUUGAUGGCGCGGUAGGUCAAUAUUGCAUUUCAGAUAGUGAUAUUGAAAAUGGAAUGGAGCAACUGCGAGCUUCAGUAGAUUUUCUUGUGGAGCUUUGUGAGAAGUCGUCUCCUAAUGGAGCAGCUGAAGGCAGUUUCAGAAAUUGGUCGCAUCAAGCUGUUGACUUUAUUCUGGCUACAUUGAAGACUCUUUCAUCUGGUGGAAAGAAAGUUGAUAUGGUUGAAAGUAUAAUAAGUAGCUUAAUAGUCCGGCUAAUGAGAAGGAUGUGCAAUGGUUCACAAGGAGAUGAGUUGGUUCAAGAUCACUGCGAUUUCCAGUUUUAUAUUCAGCACUUGUUGCGUAAGCUUGGGACCGAUCCUUAUGUUGGCCAGCGAUUGAUCCUUUCAGUUUCUCAGAGAAUUUCUAUAGUUGCAGAAAGUUUACUAGUUAUGGAUCCAUUUGAUGGUGCCUUCUUCAAAAUGCAUAAUGGCAUGUACCUAAUGAUUCAACUUAUCGAGUUCCUGAUUUCAGACUGCUUACUUUCUUGGUCAACUAGGCAAGACUUUGAUACGAAGCUUCUGGAAGAAUGGAUCGUAUCGGUUUUCAGUGCUCGAAAAGCAUUGGAGCUCUUGGAGACCAGGAAUACACUAUACGUACUGUACAUGGAUCGUGUGAUUGGGGGUUUGACUAGGCAUCUCGGUCAAACUUCUCUAAAAGACAAGCUACGACCCAAUACUCUCGAGAAAUUGUUUAGCUGA